AUGGCCUCGUUCAAGAAAGCCGAGCCCGUCUCGGCGCUUUUGCGUGACACGACGACGGGAGAGCCUAAGAAAUCGCGAGGCGAAUAUCGAAAGGAAAAGGAUUUGGAAGAAGACAGAAAGGCCGGAACAGCACCCGCAAUGGUCGAUGUAGACAGCGGACGAGAUAUCAACCCGCACAUUCCUCAAUUCAUCGCACAGACACCUUGGUACGUCCCCUCGGAAGGACCGACUCUAAAACAUCAACGCCCACACCCUGAACGUCAAAAUCAACUCUCCGAGAUUGAUGAUUGGUAUCAAAGAGGAACAACGGGAAAAGCUGCGACAAAAUUUAGAAAAGGCGCUUGUGAAAAUUGUGGUGCGAUGACGCACAAAAAGAAGGAUUGCUUUGAACGACCACGGAAAUCCGAGGCGAAACAUACUGGAAUGGAUAUUGCGGCUGAUGAUUAUUUACAACCAAAGUUGAAACUCGGAUUUGACGCAAAACGUGAUCGGUGGAACGGCUACGACCCAGAAACACAUAAAGAUGUAGUUCGCGAGUUCGAAGAACUGGAGGAGGCUCGCAAAAUGUACAAGGCCGAAAAGAUCAAAGAAGAGAACGCAAUGGGAACCAAAGACAAAGAAGAGGACAAACAGGAAGUUCAGGAAGUUCACGAGGACGAAGAUAAGUACGCAGAAGAUGCCGAUAUGGCAGGAGUUUCCGUGGACAUGGACAGUCGUACUAGGAUCACGGUCCGAAAUCUUCGAAUUCGAGAAGACACGGCAAAGUAUUUGCACAAUUUGGCCGAGAACGCUCCCUACUACGAUCCAAAGUCUCGUUCGAUGCGCGAGAACCCAUUUCAGGGAGUGAAAGGUAAAGAGGCUGAAGCGGCCAAAUUUCAAGGAGAGAACUUCAUUCGAUACAGUGGAGAAGUGGCGGACGCAAACGAGGCUCAAGUUUUUGCAUGGCAAGCGAGAUGUCAAGGAAUCAAUGUGCACGCCAUAGCGGAGCCCACCAAACUUGAAGCCUUGAAGAAGCAAUACGAGAAGGAAAAGUCGUCUGUCAAGGAUGAUGCGAGAACAUUGCUUGUCGAGAAGUACGGCGGAGCUGAACAUUUAGAAGCACCGCCGAAGGAGUUACUGAUGGCCCAAUCUGAACGAUACGUGGAAUACUCUGCAAAGGGAAAAUUGAUCAAAGGAGAAGAACGGCCACUAGCAAGAAGUAUUUACGAAGAGGAUCUAUACCCUGGAAACCACACUUCUGUUUGGGGCUCCUGGUGGGAAGCUGGAAAAUGGGGAUACAAAUGUUGCCAUCAAACACUGAAACAAGCCUACUGUGUUCCAGUCAAGAAGACUGCCACUUUAGCAACUCCUAAAGAAGCAGUGGCUGAAACAAUUGAAACAAAGCCGAAUACGAGCAAAGAAAUUGAAUCCAAAAAAGUCGAGCCUAAAGAAGAGGAGGAAAGCAAGAAAGGAAACAGUGAAGAAUCGUCCAAUGAAAGCGAGAAUGCGGAAGAGGAGGAGGAGGAGGAGGAACUGGAUAGUGAAGCCGAACGAGAACGUGAAAAGGAGUUUGCGGAAGAAAAACGCAAAAGAGAAGAAACUGCAAAAAGACGUGAGCGUAAACGAGACAAAAGGAAGCGCAAGAAGGAACGCAAGCAUAAAGAAGGCCGAGAAGUGCGCAAGCGGAGAAGAGAUUCCACUGCGUCCUCUUCUUCAUCAUCUGACAGUGACUCCGAUGAAGAAUCAAGGAAGAAACGUGAUCUGGAAAAGGCGAUCAAAGCGGAGAAGAAACAAAAGAAAAGGGCCAGAAAGGAGGAUGAAUUUGGUGAUCGUCAACGCAAGUACAAUUCGACUUACGAGACAAAGGCGCCAACCGAAGUACAAGUUGAAGCAUUCCAUCUCACUCGAAUUCACUCGUCCGAUCCGAUGGCCAAUUAUAUGAAAGACAAG